UAUGUAUUCGUGCUCUGUUAGAUUUUGUAUUCAAUUUUAUUAAACAUUUUAUGUAUGAAAUGGAAUUCGAUAUUUCAUAUUUAACUAGCAGUAGAUUACGCCCAAGAUUGACUUCUGCUGAAAAAGAGGAACAAGCAAAGAGAACUGAACUCGAGAAACAACAACUGCAAGCUGAUUUUGAGAAUCGACCAUUCAUACAAUUUAAUGGAAAUUUAAAAUAUCACGCAGAUUUAAUAGACUGUGCAUUAAUAUGUGACAAUUUAUUAGAAGCGGCAAACAAAUCCAAAGAUGUUAUGGUUCUUGGUUUUGACAUGGAAUGGCCUUUCAGUUUCAAAACUGGGUCAGGUAGGACAGCUGUUAUUCAGAUAAGUCCUGAUUUAAAUGUCUGUUAUAUUUUGCAUGUUAGCCAGUUAAAGAACUUACCCAGAAGCCUAAAUGAGCUUCUCAUUCAUCCGAACAUAAGAUUAGCUGGAAAUAAUGUUAAAAAUGAUGUUCGGAAAUUAGCUAGAGACUAUGUAGGAUUUGAUUCUGAUAGACUCAUAGAAAAUUGCAUCGAUAUAGGGGUAUUUGCCAAUUCUGUCCUUCCUGUCACCCAGAGGUGGAGUUUAGAGAAACUAGUUGAUUAUGUCCUUCAAAUGAGAAUCGAUAAAAAUAAAAAAGUGAGAAUGAGCAAAUGGCAUAAAUUUCCAUUGUCUGUUGACCAACAAAAAUAUGCUGCUAUCGAUGCAUACGCAUCCUUACUACUGUAUCUAACUUUGAAGGAAAAGAAGCUAUAUAGUACAGCAACAAGAUAAUAAAGUGUAAUAAAUUGGAAAAAUAUCUAAUGAAGAUUGAAUAUUGCUUUUUAUUGUAUUGCACAGGUUUAUUAUUGUUAUACAUUACAGUAACUAAAACUUAAUUUUUAACUUUAUAUCAUGUACUCAUAUAAUUUUACAAAUAAUUUUUUCACGUUUUUUUUGACAGAUUAUCUUUAUUGUGCCGAUAUUAUUUUUAUUAUUGAUAAUAAAGUAUUGUAUUACGACUAUAUCUAAAGACAAAGUUUUUUCAAUUACUAAGGGAAUACUGAAACUUAAAUAAAAGUUUUCUUAAAUAUCACACACAAGGAAUUUAUGGAAAAUAUGGUCUGAGAUUAUAAACUAAGAGCAGGAUAGGAAAA